AUGCAGGCCCACUCCCUGCUGCCCUCGGGCGUUAUGCUGGACCAUCCCUUCUUCUGCAAGGCGGCGCCGCAGGCGGAAACCCCCACCUCCAGCGCCGAUGAGGCCGAUCUGCACAUCAAGAACGUGAUCAAGAGCCCUCUCGCCAAGAAUGACCAGAUCUCUGCGGCCAAGCCCAGCCCCAGCGACAGCGAGGUGUCUGCAGGCGUGGACAGCCGCCCCGCGGCGUGCGGCGCGCCAGGCGUGGUGGACCAGCCGCCGCCUGCUGCCUUCUGCGGCUUCCCCGCAGCCGCCGCCGCCGCCGCCAUCCCCGACCCCUUCCUCGCCGGGACCGCCGCGCCAGCGCCUGGUAGCGGCGCCAGCAGCCCAGCCCCUUGGCUCAUGGGUCUGUUCAACUCCUCGCUCUUUGAGGCCGCCGGCUGCCGCUGCCACCCUGGCGUUGUGCGCAACGGUACCAUGAAGCGCAACGAGAACAACCAGUACUGCCUGGGCUGCACGCACGCGCACGGCGCCGGCAUGUGCAAGCUCUGCCUGCCCGCCCACGCCGCCUGCUGCCCGGGGCGCGUCUUCCAGAUACGCAAGUACAUGUACCAGACGUGCGUGCAUGUUGACGACAUCCAGCCACUGUACGAUGUGGGCGGGGUGCAGGCGUACUGCAUCAACUCGCGCCGCGCGAAUGUGGAGAAGGAGCAGAAGUGCCCCGCCUUUGACCACGCCUGCCUGGGCUGCCACAAGCCGCUGCGCCACGACUGCACCUACUGCUCGCUGCGAUGCAAGGUGGACGUGGAGUUUGGGCUGGCGCCCAUCACCCCCAGGGGCGCGGCCGCGGCCGCGCGCGGCGACAGCGGCGGCGGCGGCGGCAUGGCGCCCGCGGCGGCGGCGGCGGCGGCGGCGGCGAUGCUGCUGACCACGCAGCCGCGGCAGCAGGCUGUGAGCAGGCUGGCAUCCGCCAAGCGGUCGUCAUUCAGCGCCGCCGCCGCGGUGGCGGCUGCCGCUGUGGCGGCGGCGGCGGCGGCAGUGCUGCCUGCGGCCUGCUCCCUGGAUGUCUCGCAUGCCACGCGCUGCAGCAGCGGCUUCGAAUCGGGCAGCACCCGCAGCAAGCGGCGGAAGACGGAGCGGCCGGAGCGCAGCCGCGUCAGCUGA